AUGGGAUGGUCAACGACGCACUUUUUCCUUACUAAACACACUAGUGCAUUGCUUGUCAAGGGAUUUCGCCCCAUUCAUGUCAGCCCAUCCAAGAUGGAUACAACACAAGCUUUAGAAACUAUCAUGGAAGGUGAAGAAAGGAUGGGCAAGGAGUACGAGGAUUCAAAGUAUGAGGAGACAAAUUCGAUGAAGGAAGCAGUCAAGAUGUCUCAAGAAGGAAUAUGUGAGUAUGGACCAUUUUGGGACCAUGUUUUAGAGUAUUGGAAUAAGAGAUUGAAGAACAAAGAUAGGAUUUUCUUUCUUGAGUAUGAAGAUUUGAAAGAAGAUUUUACAAGUCAAUCUAUUAAGCUAGUAGAUUUCUUGGGAUUAUCGUUUUCUGAGGAAGAAAAAAAGAGAGGAGUGAUAGAAGAUAUAUCAAAGUUGUGUAGUUUCAAAAAUUUGAAAGAACUGGAUGUGAACAAAGGUGAAGGCAUUGUAGUAGGAAUACCAAACAGUGCAUUUUUUAGGAAAGGGGAGGUGGGAGACUGGGUUAAUCAUCUAAGCCCAGCAAUGGUAGAAAAAAUAAAGAAGCUCGUGGAAGAAAAAUUCAAGGAUUCUGGUGUUACUUUUAAAAUGAUUUCAGAGAGGUGA